AUGACCCUCUAUGGCAAGAAAUACUCUUCUGAAGAGGAAUACGCAAGGAGAUUCCAAAUCUAUCGUGAAAACUCAGCAUAUGUCAGAAUUCAUAACGCAGCUGAAGAAGACUGGUCUUUGGCUGUCAACAAAUUUGCUGACCUCACCUCUGGGGAAUUCGAAAGCCGAUACCUCACUCGCAGAGUUGAUGUUAACAAACGCCGACAUACUCAAAUCCUCCCAGAACAACUUACUUAUCAACCUACUUGGGAUUGAAGAAAGCAUGGAGCUGUUACACCAGUUAAGGAUCAAGGAGAAUGUGGAAGCUGCUGGGCUUUCUCUGCUACUGGUGCUGUAGAAGGAGCUUGGGCCUCAGGUAACCACACUUUGGUGUCUUUAAGUGAGCAAGAGCUUAUUGAUUGCUCAAAAGAUUAUGGAAACGCAGGAUGCGAUGGAGGAGAUAUGGACCAAGCUUUCGAAUAUAUUCUUGAAUAUGGUCUAGCCCUUGAAAAGGAAUACCCUUACACAUCUGGAAAUUCAACUAACAGUACAAAUUCAACCUGCGACUACAUGAAAGUAAUUAUGCCGUGGGUGAGGAUUACUGGCUACACUGAUGUGCUCUCUAACAACGCAACCUCAUUAUUGUCCUCUGUCUUUCGGACUCCUGUUUCAGUAGCCGUUGAUGCUACUUCAUGGCAAUUCUACAAGAGCGGAGUCGUCACCAAGAAAUGUGGAACUAACUUAAACCACGGAGUCCUUGCUGUUAGCUACAACACCGCUGCUAAGAAGCCUUUCUAUAUUGUUAAGAAUUCAUGGGGCACGCAAUGGGGAGAAGACGGAUAUAUUAAAGUUGGCAUUCAGGAAGGAAAAGGAGUUUGCGGUAUCCAAAUGGCACCAUCAUACCCUACAGCUCUUUAUAACAGUCCUAAGCCUUAA